GUGGCCACGGAGCUUCCGGCGAGCUCGCCAGUUGUCUCCGUCGCCGCCUGGGAAUCUGGGGCCCCGAGCGACUGCGAGCCCCGGUCUCCGUGGGACCCGGGGAGGACGCGCGGCCGCUGCGCCUGCCCCACCCGCCACACCUGGGAGCGGGGAGGCCCGGGAGAGGCGGGGCGCGGCCAGCGGCUGGCUCGGGGCGGAGCAGCGCCGCCGACCGCCCGGGGCCUGGAGCGCCGCGGAGGGGGAGGGUCUCGGGGCAGAGCUCUCCUCCUCGGGGGAGGGACCCCAGCCGGGGUGCACAGCCGCGGGAGCCAGCUGCCGAGUCGCCGCCCGUGGGUCAUGGAGCGGGCCAGCCCCGGCGCCGGGGGGGCGCAGCUGCAGCGGGAUCAGGACUCCGUGGAAGCGUGGCUGGAUGAUCACCGGGACUUCACCUUCUCUUACUUUGUCAGGAAAGCCACCAGAGAAAUGGUCAAUGCCUGGUUCGCUGAGAGAGUCCACACCAUCCCUGUGUGUAAAGAAGGCAUCAGAGGCCACGCAGAAUCUUGCUCUUGCCCCUCGCAGCAGAGUCCCCGUGCAGACAGCAGCGCGCCUGGCACACCAACCAGGAAAAUCUCUGCCUCUGAAUUUGACCGGCCUCUUAGACCCAUUGUCGUCAAAGAUUCUGAGGGUACUGUGAGCUUCCUCGCUGACUCAGAAAAGAAGGAACAGAUGCCGCUAACCCCCCCAAGGUUUGAUAAUGAUGAAGGGGACCAGUGCUCGAGACUCUUGGAAUUAGUGAAAGAUAUUUCUAGUCAUUUGGAUGUCACAGCCUUAUGUCAUAAAAUUUUCUUGCAUAUUCAUGGACUUAUCUCCGCUGAUCGCUAUUCCCUGUUUCUUGUCUGUGAGGACAGCUCCAAUGACAAGUUUCUCAUCAGCCGCCUGUUUGAUGUUGCAGAAGGUUCAACACUGGAAGAAGCUUCAAAUAACUGUAUCCGCUUAGAAUGGAACAAAGGCAUUGUGGGACAUGUGGCAGCACUUGGUGAGCCCUUGAACAUCAAAGAUGCUUAUGAGGAUCCUCGGUUCAAUGCAGAAGUUGACCAAAUUACAGGUUACAAGACACAGAGUAUUCUUUGUAUGCCAAUUAAGAAUCAUAGGGAAGAGGUUGUUGGUGUAGCCCAGGCCAUCAACAAGAAAUCAGGAAAUGGUGGGACAUUCACUGAAAAAGAUGAAAAGGACUUUGCUGCUUAUUUGGCAUUUUGUGGUAUUGUUCUUCAUAAUGCUCAACUCUAUGAGACUUCACUGCUGGAGAACAAGAGAAAUCAGGUGCUGCUUGACCUUGCUAGCUUAAUUUUUGAAGAACAACAAUCAUUAGAAGUAAUUCUAAAGAAAAUAGCUGCCACUAUUAUCUCUUUCAUGCAGGUGCAGAAAUGCACCAUUUUCAUAGUGGAUGAAGAUUGCUCCGAUUCUUUUUCUAGAGUGUUUCACAUGGAAUGUGAGGAAUUAGAAAAAUCGCCAGAUACUUUAACAAGGGAACGUGAUGCAAACAGAAUCAAUUACAUGUAUGCUCAGUAUGUCAAAAAUACUAUGGAACCACUUAAUAUCCCAGAUGUCAGUAAGGACAAAAGAUUUCCCUGGACAAAUGAAAACACAGGAAAUGUAAACCAGCAAUGCAUUAGAAGUUUGCUUUGUACUCCUAUAAAAAAUGGAAAGAAGAAUAAAGUGAUAGGGGUUUGCCAACUUGUUAAUAAGAUGGAGGAGAAUACUGGCAAGGUUAAGCCUUUCAACCGAAAUGAUGAACAGUUUCUGGAGGCUUUUGUCAUCUUUUGUGGCUUGGGGAUCCAGAACACACAGAUGUAUGAAGCGGUGGAGAGAGCCAUGGCCAAGCAGAUGGUCACACUGGAGGUUCUAUCCUACCAUGCUUCAGCAGCAGAGGAGGAAACAAAAGAGCUCCAAUCCUUGGCGGCUGCUGUGGUACCAUCUGCUCAGACGCUUAAAAUUACUGACUUCAGCUUCAGUGACUUUGAGUUGUCUGACCUAGAAACAGCACUGUGCACAAUUCGGAUGUUCACUGACCUCAACCUUGUGCAGAACUUCCAGAUGAAACAUGAGGUUCUUUGCAGGUGGAUUUUAAGUGUUAAGAAGAAUUACAGGAAGAAUGUUGCCUAUCAUAAUUGGAGACACGCCUUUAAUACAGCUCAGUGCAUGUUUGCUGCUUUAAAGGCCGGCAAGAUUCAGAACAAGCUGACUGACCUGGAGAUACUUGCCCUGCUGAUUGCUGCUCUCAGCCACGACUUGGACCACCGUGGUGUGAAUAACUCUUACAUACAGCGAAGUGAACACCCACUUGCUCAACUCUACUGCCAUUCAAUCAUGGAGCAUCAUCAUUUUGACCAGUGCCUGAUGAUUCUUAAUAGUCCAGGCAAUCAGAUUCUCAGUGGCCUCUCCAUUGAAGAAUAUAAGACCACGCUGAAAAUAAUCAAGCAAGCUAUUUUAGCCACAGACCUAGCAUUGUACAUUAAGAGACGAGGAGAAUUUUUUGAACUUAUAAGAAAAAAUCAAUUCAACUUGGAAGAUCCUCAUCAAAAAGAGUUGUUUUUAGCGAUGCUGAUGACAGCUUGUGACCUGUCUGCCAUUACAAAACCGUGGCCUAUUCAACAACGGAUAGCAGAACUUGUAGCAACUGAAUUUUUUGACCAAGGAGACAGAGAGAGAAAAGAACUCAACAUAGAGCCUGCUGAUCUAAUGAACAGGGAGAAGAAAAACAAAAUCCCAAGUAUGCAAGUUGGGUUCAUAGAUGCCAUCUGCUUGCAACUAUAUGAGGCUCUGACUCACGUAUCAGAGGACUGCUUCCCUUUGCUGGAUGGCUGCAGAAAGAACAGGCAAAAAUGGCAGGCCCUAGCAGAACAGCAGGAGAAAACGCUGAUUAAUGGGGAAAGCAGCCAGGCCAAGCGGAACUGAGUGGCCUAUUUAAGUGGAGUUGAAGUUUACAGAUGGUGUAUCUGCAGGAUGUCUAAUUUUGCUAUACACUGUACAGAUUUAGUAUAUACUUUGCCACUGCUGUAUUUUUAUUUUUGCACAACUUUUAGGAGCACAGCAUGAAACGUUUUUAGGGAACUAUUACAUAUUUUCUGUAUAUUUGUUUUAUGCCACUGAUCUGAGAUUAUCGGCAACACCCACUCUUAGCAGACAGAUGAGAGCUCUGUGAUACUUUGUGUACUGCAAAGUGCAAGUUAAGUUCUUGCACUGAGGUAGGUUUUUGUUGUUUUGUUUUUUGGGUUUUGGGGGUUUGUGUUUUUUUUGUUUUUUGCUUGGGGAUUUUAAAUAAUUGGUUUUGUGUUUUCUGAAUUACCAAUCUUCUAAAGAAUGUUUGGAAUCUUUUCAUUCUCAAAAAUAGUCUAGGAGCAAAUUGAAUGUAUUCUGCGACAUUUAAAACCAUCAUGGUUAGAGAAAAGCGCUGGCUUAGUGGAUUUUACGGGGAAAGGAUAGUAUUUGUCAACAGUUGUAUUACCUUAACAAAAGUCAAAACUCUGCAACAAUUGGAAAGUACUCUAAGGCAGUACUGUAAAGAAAAGGUAUUGUUUAAUCAAUUUGCUGUUUUUGUUUGAGAGCAGGAAGGGGAGAACUCUUUCAUUUCAGUACUUACAUCUAUCCAGAGACUACCUGUAAGUCAUUUCAGUAUACGCCGCCUGAUGGAAAGCAGGGAAAGCCUUAGAAGACAAUGAUUUCAUGGACUUCAUGGUCCCUGGCUUUAUGAGGGAGGGUUGGGGGUGUGAUCCGGAAAUGGAAUGGCUGUAUCUGUCUCAGUGAAGAGAAAUAUUCUGUUGGAAGCCUCUCUGAGAGUCCGUGUUUUGAAUAUUGAACUUCCUUUUUAAAAUAACUUCCUUAUCCUUUUUCUUACAAACCAUAGUUUAUGAGUGAACAGUUUAGGUCUCAACAGAAAACUGAGGAAAAUAUGAUAAUUGGAGCAUUGACUUGAGGUGAGAUACGACUGCAGAUAAAAGGUAAAUGAAUCAUCAUUUUUCUUUGUCAGAGCAAGUAUAAAGAAUAGUUUUAACUAUAUAAACAGCAAAGGACUAUACUGCUAUUGGGGUCAAAAAUUAAAGUGAGAGAGCAGGAAGGUAAGAAAGCUUAGCCCUGAAUGAAACGUAAGAGUACUGAGUUUGUAAUUGAGAAACUGCCCUUUUUUCAGUUCAUAGGACUGGUCAGCUCAGUAUCACGGAAGUUUGGGUGUGUAUACUAAAUGCUUACCCUGAGCCAUAUAGUUGUUGAUAUUUACUUCUCAUAGAUUUUAAUUUUAGCACAUAUAGAAAAUGCUAACAUUGUCUUAGAUUUGAGCCCGUUUGAGUGGAUUCCCACUGAUCGUGUGUACCCUAAAUACCAAUUUAUUCAUUAUUGGAGAAGUAGAUAGUGAAUCUAGCAACUGGUUCAGGAAAGGAAAAUCUAUUCCAAAUAUAUGCUAAUGUUUGGACUCAGGGAAAGUAGGAAGAGAGCUGUUUGUGUGAUUUGUUAACCACCCGUGCCAAAAAAACGUUUCUGAGUUUCAGUCACUAAAUUGGGUGGAGAAUUUCUUGGGGACAUGGUGCAGCACCCUCAAAGAACUUUUACCAAACAUAUUUUUCCCAUCCAUAUUGGUGUUUUUCUCUAAACUGCCUAAAAUUCAACAUAUCCAUCAAGUUUUUUAAAAUUCUGAGUGUGUAUCUUAAAUAAUGUGACUUUAUUCUUACUAUUCAGGUAAAGAAAAAAAAAGCAAAAUAAAUUGUAUUGCCAUUAAUUUAUUACUGGUAAAGGCUAGUCUAGGAAGUUACCAAAUGUUUGUUGCUAUAUGUGUAAUUGUCGUAAUACUUGUGUUUUCAGGAUGUUAUUCAAUUUUUAUUUGAUGUCAUAUAGGUGAGAUCUACAACGUUGCCUCUUGGUGGCACUGGUGUGUAAGUUACACAGGCUGUCACUAAAAUAACAUAUCUAUAUAGUGGUAUACAACUAUGCAUGCAUACAUAAUUCCUUAGUGUAGAAAAAUUGUUGAAAGAAGAGCAGUCUUUAGUAACCUUUUUAUCAUACGCAUUGUGAUUUAGCAGUUAUGCUAAAAUCUGUAAUCAUAUACUUAAUAGUUUGUUUAGACCCAUCUAAUAUGUCACUGAGCUAUAUGGAGAUUUUGUAUGUGUGUCAUUUUCACAAGCGAGAAGAUGUACAUAGAUUAGGAAUUGUUUGGUUUAACUUUACAUGGUGGUUUAUUUUACUUUACUAAUUUAGCAAUUAAAAGAAGUUGGUUAGUGCUGUGUCUGCUCUAUUGUUAGAAGUUUUAGUUUUUACAGAAAAAGAGUACUUCUUUAGGACCAGUUAGUUGGUUCAAAUAAUUUUUAAUUUUUAGGGAAAUAAUUCCAUAUCUAGAUUAUCUGGUACAUGGGCACAAAUCAGAGCUUUUGCUCUUAUGUGAAUAUUUUUUUCCAGUAUCUUCCCAAGUUGGAAAAAAUAUAUUUAUAGUCCUCCCUUCCCCACUCUGUAUUUAUAUUACCCAUAGCUAGUAAGAAGUUAUUCUUUUUCUAGAUUAAAGUUGUCAUGGGUAUAGCUGAAUGACAUACCAUUUCAAUUUCAAUUUUCAGCCCAAAAAGUGCCCACUAUUUUACUGAGUUGUUAAAAGAUGUCUGUAAAGUUGCCCGGCCUUAUAUUUUUCACAGGAUUGGCCCUUGUCAGUUGUAGUCCUGUGUAAACUUGUGUAAGUCACUUAACCUCUGUGUGCCUGAACAAGUGCUAUUAAAGGAGUUAAUGUGUGGGCAAAGCCUUUGUCUUCAAGGAUGUCACAGAAGGCAGCCACUGUGUAAGCCCUAAUGGGCCCUGGAGACCACUGUCACAUGUGGGAUAUUGGGCUAUAGAGCAUGGUAUCUAAUCCCACAUGUCACUUCCUAUGUUUCAAAGACUGAAAGAAAAAAAAGACAGUACAUUUAUUUGGUUUCUCAUGCAGAUCACUAGUGAGUGUGAGAUUUUGAAUAACUUGCCUUCAAGGUGCAAACUCUGGAAAGUGAUGUCACAACUGAUUUCUUAGUUGAGAAUAGUUUCCUUAGAUAGGAGUACUGAGAUAAAGUGUAUGGAAAUAUUGGGUUCUGGAAGGAAACUGGUCACAGAUACAGUCUUGCCUAGCAGUAAAGUGCCUUUAUUUUUAACAUAGAGCACAAAUGUUAGACGUACUCCAAUCGGAUUUUCAAUUUUUCUGUGUUUUUCACCAGAUUUUACUCAAUGCUUUAUAGAUCAUCACAAGCAGUGCUGUUCUGUUUACAAGAGUGAUUUUAAGAUGAGAGGAGGAAAAGGUGUAUUUGCUGUCCUCUCCUGUGAACAACUGUAGUUGAAAUAAAGUGGUAAAAUUUAAUUAGUUAGUAUCAGACAUGUGACAGUCCACCCUUUAUUGAGUCCUUGUGACAUGUCAGGCACUGUGCUCAGCCCGAGACAGAGCUGUGACCUCAAGGAACCCAGCCUGCAAAAAGUGCUGAGUAAGAGGCUUACCAACUUCUGAUCUUACAAAUUGAACAAGAAAAUACAGGGUACAUGAUAUCACUUUCAUUUUCAUCUACAACGUAUGUAUUAUACAGUUUUCCAAGGACCUUCCACUUACCACCACCCCCAAGGACCUUCUUUACUGGAACGUACUAGAAUCCACCAGUGAAUAGCCUGUUUUCUUACAAGUAUGAAUCAUUUAACCUGUUGAUAGCUUAAAGAACACCUUAUGUAAGGAGUCAUGUAUUCUACUCUAUAGAGUUUUUUCCCAUAGAUUAGCCAGGUAGAUAUUACUAAGAGUUCUUUUAGAUUGCUAAAUUGUGCACAGUUUUGGACACCUGCUCCACUACACGGAGCAAGGAAGAAAGUAUUAAAGCUCACUUCACCCUUCCGUAUGUUUCUCAAAAGCCUGUGUAAACAUGUCUUAAAAAAUGUCGUUGAAAGCAGUGUAAAUAGUUGAAAAUAUAAAUUUCUAUUACAGUUUAAGAAAACCUUAUGAAUCAUCACUAGCCACUGUUAAUAUCUAUUUGUAUUCUUAUACCUUUUUCAAUAUAUUUGAACAAAUAUAUAGUUUCUGGCACUAUUUUUGUACUAGGAUAAAGGAGUUACUAUGUAUAUUAUGUUUAGCUUUUAAGUCAUUUUAAAUAAUUGUGAAUAUUGAUUUCCUGUCGUUCCUCUCCUCCACCAUGAGAACCAUUUCAGAUGACUCUUCUAUUAAAAAAUCACUUUAAAGGAACACAUUCCCACCUAUGAUCCCCAUAAAAUCAAGAGAUGGUCAGGGUGGUCUGUUGUGCAAACUCUUCACCUGUCAGUUGUUUACUCAUUUUGCUAUGCUUUGUAAAAAUAAAAAGAAGAAU